AUGGCCCACUCGUCGCUCAAAUUCGGAGCACGGACCAUAAUCAGCAUCAGCUCCGAUCGAGUGGCUCGUGACAUGUUGAACAAGCGGUGUGCCACGUACAGUUCGCGCCCAAGACUCUCCAUCAGUUCAGAGGAUAAUGCAGGAGAGCUCAAUGCGGUCGUCAUGCCCCACUCUAAACGCUGGGUACUUCAUCACCGUAUUGCAUUGGCUCUGCUCAAUCCCGGCCUGUCAAAGCAAUAUCGUCAGCUGCAAGAUCUGGAGAGUAAGCAAGUCAUUUACGACUUACUUCGAGGUAACGAUGUAGCGCACUCCUUUGACCGGUAUAUGGCAAGUGUUAGCUUCACACUUGCAUAUGGACUCCAAUUGCAGCGACAUGAUCAGCAUGAAGUUAUUCAACUACGAAACUUCAUUAAUGGUCUCCGGGAAGCCAUGUCCAAUAUGUUUGUUGCUCUUGCUGAACUGUUCCCAAUCCUGGAUCGCCUUCCGCGAGUAUUUGCUGUUUGGAAACGACAAGGGGAGGAACUCAACCGACAAGCAACUGCCUUCUUCUUAGACAAUUCAACGAAGGCUCAGUCAGCACCUGGGUGGAACUGGGUGAGGGAAUGUGAACGACUAAAGGAAACACAGAACAUGUCACUGAGAGAGAGAGCGCAUGUCUUGGGCACUAUUCAGGAGGCAGGCAUGGAGACGACUCCCAGUGUUUUCCGAGUGGUUAUUAAAGCAUGCCUUCUGUAUCCGAGGUGUUUGUCCCGAGCCCAGGAGGAAAUUGAUCAAGUCGUUGGCACUAGUCGGCUGCCGUCGUUUGAUGACAUGAGCCAGUUGCCCUAUAUCCACGCGCUCAUUCAUGAGGCAGUGAGGUGGCAACCACUUACCCCGUUAGGAUUGCCUCAUUCCCCAAUGAGAGAUGACGAAUUUAUGGGGUACCAUAUUCCUGCAGGGUCCACCAUUUUCCCCAAUAACCACUCAAUGGCCAAUGACCCUGAAGUAUUUCCAGAACCCCUCGAAUUUAAACCAGAGAGAUGGCUUGAGAACCUCGGUCCUCCCUUCAGCCCGUUUGGGUAUGGUCGACGAAUUUGCCCAGGCAGGCAUCAUGCUUUGGAUAGUCUCUUUAUCGUUAUCUCUCGUGUCAUUUGGGCAUACAACAUCACCCAUGCCUACCGGGAUGGCAAAAGAGUUGAUGUAGAUGCUUGGGAUAGCCAUAACUCCUUUACCUCUUCACCAGCCCCAUUUCCGACAGUACUCCGGGUCCUCAGUCUAGCGCAUCAGCAAGUCAUAGAGGAGGCUUGUUCAUCUGCGAAAGAGAAACUGGCUACAUUCUUAGAGACUUUCAACCCAACAUCUGGUGGAUAG